UGUCCUUCCCCACACUUCUCUAAUAUCAGGCAGGAUGGCCGAAAGUGACGUGUGAGCAGAUUACUAUAAUCAUUACAGAAUAAACAAAUCUGUCUAGAGGCUGUAAAUAAACCAGCAUGGCACAGUGGGCAAAGUCUUCUCAGCCUGACUGCACUGUCUUAUUCACACAGGGGACCAAAGACGUUACCUCUCAUCCACUCUGAGUGCUGAAUUGUUUUUAUUUAUUUAUUUUUCACCAGUUAUAUUUCCCUGUUUAUUUAUUUAUUUUUACACUUUUUCAUUGAGCACUGGACAUCAGUGAUAGAAAGUUGUAGCUGGCGUUUAUCAUUUGGCAUUUUGGAGCAUUGAAGCUAUGAUGGUAAUCAUUUGGAAUGUAUUUCUACAAGCGUUUUUGCUGGCACUGGUCAAAGCAAAUCACAGGAGCUCCAAAGACACUGCAAACUGCAAGCUCAACAAGAAACAAAGCCAUUUGAACUCCUUUCUCUGGACUAUCAAACGAGAUCCUCCUUCAUACUUCUUUGGCACCAUUCAUGUCCCAUACACAAGGGUGUGGGAUUUUAUCCCUGAAAAUUCUAAGAAAGCUUUCCAGCAGAGUAAUAUUGUAUACUUUGAGUUGGAUUUGACAGACCCUUACACAAUCUCGGCUCUGACCAGCUGCCAGAUGCUGCCUCAGGGUGAGAAUCUGCAAAGUGUUCUUCCUAGAGAUAUUUACCGCAGACUUAAGCGCCAUUUGGAAUAUGUUAAACUCAUGAUGCCCUCAUGGAUGACACCAGAUCAAAGAGGAAAAGGACUUUAUGCAGACUACUUAUUCAAUGCAAUUGCUGGCAACUGGGAAAGAAAGAGACCUGUUUGGGUGAUGCUGAUGGUGAAUUCCCUGACUGAGGUUGAUAUCAAGUCUAGGGGGGUCCCCGUUCUGGAUUUAUAUCUUGCUCAGGAAGCAGAGCGUCUUAAAAAGAGAACUGGGGCAGUUGAAAAAGUAGAAGAGCAAUGCCAUCCGCUUAAUGGAUUGAACUUCUCACAGGUUAUAUUUGCCUUAAACCAGACACUCUUGCAACAGGAGAGCCUUCGGGCAGGCAGUCUCCAAGCUCCAUACACGACAGAGGACCUCAUCAAACAUUACAACUGUGGAGACCUGAACUCAAUAAUAUUCAAUCAAGAUCCUUCACAAGUGCCUAAUUUUAUUAAUACCACACUGCCUGUGCAUGAACGAAUAACCGCACGGGAGAUCGAUAACUAUUUCCGCCAGGAACUGAUCUACAAAAGAAAUGAGCGCAUGGGGGAGAGAGUAAAAGAUCUGCUACAACAGUUUCCAGAAAAAAGCUUUUUCUUUGCUUUUGGGGCAGGCCAUUUUAUGGGUAACAAUACUGUCAUCGAUGUUUUAAGAAGAGACGGCUAUGAGGUGUAUCACACUCCUGCUGGAAGAUCAAUUAUGAGUGGUAAAAGUAAAAAGACACCUACCUCCUCAAAGUUAUCAUUGGGGCUCUCAUCACCCCCAUAUACAACGAGUAUGAAAAUGAAGCAGCCAAAGAACAAACACAGAGACAAAGAGCUGCUACCCAACCUGUUAAUGCCGGAUAAUGUAGACGUAAUGGACAAAAUUGAGAGGAAAUACAAAAAGAAGCAGAGGAAAGAGAAACACCGCCACUUUAGUGACCUUUGGGUUCGCAUUCAGGAAAGUGUCACUGACCCUCCUCCACAAAUCCAAUUUAUUAAUGGAUACAUCACAGUGGAGCCACAGCUUUGGAAAAGUGCAAAUGAUGCUUCCUUACAGGCAGCGAGCAGCAGUUCCUCAGUUCUAUCUGCCCUAUCUGCCUUGUUCCUGUUGGCUUAUCAUAUACAGCAACUGUUAAUAUUCCAAUAAAGGAUCUGAAAAGAGAAAAUACAAACCAACUUGACAAGGCAUUCAUGUAAAUGGACAAUAAUGUGUUUGCCAGCACUGAUAGAGGUCUAACGGCAUACAAGUGUUUAGUGACUAUUCCCCGACAGCUUUACCUUGUAUUGGACCAAUAAUAUAAUUUUCUGAUUGAUAAUGGAUGAAUAAUAUACUUUUUUAUUUGAAAAGUUACUAUAUAUUUUUUCUUCUCAUGAAGAAGAAUGAUUUCAUAUUAAUCCCAUAAUGCACUUGGGAAAUGUAAAAUUGUACUGUGACAUAGAUGUACUUUAGAUUUAUAAAGUGGGACUAAA